AUGACACUACAAGACCGGUGUUCAAAGACUGACCUUCCACUCUCCUUUGAAACAGGCUCAAUCUACACACUGAGACUUUCUGGUUGUCUCAUCACACAUGAGGGCUGUUCUCUCUUGUCCUCUGCCCUCAAAUCAAACCCCUCCUACCUGAAACAGCUGGAUCUGAACUACAAUCACCCAGGAGACUCAGGUGUCAGAGAGCUCACAGACAUACUGAAUGAUCCCAGCUGUAAACUAGAGACGUUGAGGUAUGACCAUGGAGGAGAGUGCAGGAUUAAACCAGGACUGAGAAAAUAUGCCUGUGAGCUCACACUGGACCCAAACACAGCAUGCAGAGGUCUCUCUCUCUCUGAGGGGAACAGAAAGGUGACACGUGGGCAGCAGCAGCCAUAUCAUGACCACCCAGAGAGAUUUUACUACUGGGAUCAGGUGCUGUGUAGAGAGGGUCUGUCUGGACACCACCCAGAGAGAUGUGACAGUCUGGGUCAGAGUCUAGUCAGCACGGGUCAGUCUGGACGCUACUACUGGGAGGCUGAGUGGAGUGGUACUGGUACAGUUUAUAUAGCAGUGGCCUAUAAGAGCAUGGAGAGGAAAGUGCGGGGCAACUUGUUUGGAUAUAAUGCCAAGUCCUGGAGUCUGGGGUGCUCUAGUAACAGUUACUCUGCCUAUCACAAUACUAAGGAGACUGCCAUACCUGCCCCCUCCUCCCGCUCCAGCAGAGUAGGAGUGUACCUGGACUGGCCAGCAGGCACUCUGUCCUUCUACAGCGUCUCCUCUAACACACUCACCCACCUGCACACCUUCCACUCCACAUUCACUGAGCCCCUCUAUCCUGGGUUUUAUGUUAAUGGCUCAGUGUCCCUGUGCCAGAUCACAUGACCUCCUAAUCCUGCAGCAGAGGAGAGUCACACACUCCUAUUUACACACUCAUAUAUCUGCGUGUGUGUAUUCCUUCUCUUGCCUCAUCUGUGUUGCAUCUUCCCUCUCACACCUCCUAAUCCUGCAGGAGAGGAGACUCCUGUUCUCACACUCCUACGUACAGUAUGUGUGUG